UUGAAAGCCAUCACGGUCAUGGAGCCAUAUAAAUAGCGCUGCCUAGUAUUUAUAUAACCUUGAUGCUGUGGUUCAUUUGUACCAGCUCAUCGUGAGCAGUGACGCAAGUUUUGCCUCUCUGACAAGAUCUAGCGCUGAACGAGAUGGAGCGUUGGGUGGGUCGCGUGGCUGUAGUGACUGGUGCUAGUGCAGGUAUCGGAGCUGCCAUCGCAAAACUACUGACCCAGCAUGGAAUGAAGGUGGUUGGCGUCGCUCGGAGGGUUGAAAGGGUGCAAGCUUUGAGCGAUGAAUUGGCAAAAGAGAACGCAAAAGGAACACUUCAUGCUAUACAAGGAGAUGUGAGUAAGGAGGAGGAAAUCCAACGAAUUGUCAAGUGGACAGCAGAUGAGCUCGGGGGCAUCGACGUCUUGGUCAAUAACGCAGGAUGCGGCGCCUUUGCAAAACUCUCAGAAAUAUCAGCGAGCGACAUCGCCAAGAUCCUCAACUUAAACGUUGUCGGUCUGACCCUAUUAACACGUGAUGUGGUUCAGAACAUGAAGAGCCGCGGCGUCAACGAUGGACACAUUUUCCACAUUAAUAGUGUUGUGGGUCACGAGAUAAUCAAUUACCCUACAAUUGAAAUGUACACCGCGAGCAAGCACGCGGUCACCGUUCUGACCGAGGGUCUUCGCAGGGAGCUUAGAGAUAUGGGAACGAAAAUUCGAGUGACGAGUAUCAGCCCCGGAAGUGUGAAAACAGAAAUUGCUCUGGCUGGAGGAAUGGCAGCUGAAGACGUUGAAAAAAUGUACAAUGAAAACCCAUAUUUGGAGCCAGUCGAUAUCGCCAAUGCCCUGCUCUUUGCUCUCUCCGCACCAGCUCACGUUCAGGUGCACGAGAUGAUUAUACAUCCUACUGGAGAAUUCUAAUAACAAAAGAUUCAGCUUGAUGAGAGCAUCAUAAUAAAAUUAAUUAAAUCAAUCAUAACGUAUAAAAAUAUAUAUUGCUAUUGGGUAUUUGGACUCUUUUGUAAUGCACUCCUUACUUCCAAAAAUAAUGUGUUACCAUAAAAUUUGUAAUUUCACACUUUUUCCUAUCUGAAAAAUUAAUAAAAAUUUAACU